AUGGAUGGAGAUAUACCCACUGAUUUCUGCAGCGAUGAAACUUCUACGGACGAAGAGGGUGAGCUUGAUUCUUCCACAGAGCAAGAGGACCUCGGGGGCAGCGAAGGAGAGCCUACAGAUAACCACGAGGUUAUCUCAAUUGACGAUAAUGCUUCCACGAAGGAAGAUGCCUCCGCUAACGCCGACGAUGCUUCCAUGGAAAGCGACUCUUGCACGGAGCCAGGAAGCAUCCUGUACACGGACGACGAGUCUACCGAAAGAAGCGACGAUGUCUCCACAUAUUGCGCAGAUUAUUCAUACAGCGAAGCCUCCGCCACAGAGACCGAGGGAAGUGGAGACGAGACCUGUGCUGUCAGCACCAAGGGUUCAUUCCAAGACAUCGCAAGACCCACAGCCACAAAAGCCUAUUAUGACCGGCUUGUAGAUUGGCAGAUCGAGAGACAUGGCAGGUGGUCUUGGACCUUCCCUCGAUGGAGAGACGAAGACGAAAUGCGCAGCAAUCUGCACAUUCUUUCGGCAUCCGAACUCCAUAGUGGCAGAUUAUACGGGCGUGGCAACCGAGGCCUCAUUCAAAGAUACUGCGCGUAUGUGACCCAGGGAUUUAAUUGGGGUCCUCCAGCUGAAGCUCUGAUGCAUGCGGCUAGGCCUUGGUGCAAAACUAUCUCGGUGGAAGCGUGGAUGUUAUUGGAAGAAACUCGGGAAUUGUUGAUUUUGAUUGAAGACUGGUAUUUCAAGCUGUCGCCACAAGAGCAGCGGAAGCUGUCGAAGAACCCUGCGGAGUGGGGUUUCCGUCUCGACGACCAGAGCGUAUGGAAACGAGCCUUUGAUUUAUGUGGGUAA